CGUCUUAACAUCGGUCAAGAUCAAAAUAUAGAAAAAAAUGUUGGAAGCGGUGCCUUUACCCAGUGAGUGGGCUGUAAAAUCGUAUAACAGUAAACCGUACUAUCUGGUUGAAUUGUGUAAAUGUUCCACUCAUGACAUCGACGAAUACGUACAAGUCGAAAAUCAUUUCGACGAUUACAAUGUUGUGAAAAUCGAACGCGUACAAAAUCCGUACCAGUACGGAAAAUAUCUGCUUUAUAAACUGCAAAAAGAUAAUCCUUUAGAGGUAAUCUACUUUAUGCCACUGGAGGACAAAGAGCAGCUGCAAACAGCACUGCGUUUUAAUUGUGAUUAUCGGCGGCUGGGUCAUAGCAGAGACAAGUUUUUUGGAUCCGUAUCCACUGCGGUAUCUUACUGUGCAUCGUACAAAAAAAUUGUAAUUGUGCAAGCACUCAGGAAUUAUUUUACACACGAUGCUGGUCGCUACCCAAAAUAUGUUGUCACAUAUGAAACCUAUCGUUAG